CAUGUUUUAAUACUAAUGAUACAAAAUUACAAAUGGUGUGGCAACCCUUUCCCUUGUAUGCAGGACGGAAAUUCUGGGGAUGACUUUAACAAGGAAGGCGUUGAACGUGAUGAAAGGCGUCUCACAGAACUGGGCCGAAGGACUGUGGAAAUAUUUGUCCUUGCCCAUAUAUUUAGCAAUAAAAUUGAAGUUGCAUAUCAAGAAGCAAUUGCUUUGAAAAGACAGGAGGAGCUCAUUCGCGAAGAGGAGGCAGCAUGGCUGGCUGAGAGUGAACAGAGGGCAAAACGAGGAGCAAAUGACAAGGAGAAGAAAUCUAAGAAAAAACAGGGUAAACAAAAACGGAACAACAGGAAAAGCAAGGAUAAAGGGAAGGAGGAAAGGAUGAGUGGAGCAGUACAAGACAGGCUUCUUGCAGAAAACCCCAUUGACGAGAAAAGUGAUAACAUUAGUGAGGGAGUCCAACCUGUGCUUGAGAAGCCUGACAGGCUUGAGGAUGUUUCUGAUGUGUCUGAUUCAGUUGAUGGUGCUGCUGAAACAAUUCAGCUUGAUUCAGAAGACAGGGAUGCUAGCCCUGUUAAUUGGGAUACUGACGCAUCUGAAGUCCAUCCUCCAACAGAAGCCAGCAGCAGUGUGAUUAGUGGUUUAUUGUCUGUUCCAAAUGGAGUAGCUGACAAAAAGAGUCCAUCUCAAAUGGAUGAUAGUUCCUCAACAUGCUCUACAGACUCAGUCCCAUCAGUAAUACUGAAUGGACCUUACAAGGGGAGCUUUUCAAGCUACCAAAAUAAAAAAUCACCUGGCAGAGGAAAGACCCCCCGGACUAAGACAACUUCUGAUGGCCAUAGUUCGCCAAAUGAAAUGGAUAAUCAGCCUUCAAGGCCUGCAACAGAUGCAGUGGAUCAAAAUGAUGCGUCUGAAAGUAGCAAGGCUGGUGAAUCUGAAUCUGAGGCUGUUGUUUCCUUGCAAGAUACGAAAAAGUUGCCUGAGAAGCAUGUUGUUAAGGAAGAAGUUAUGAUGCAAAAGAAAAUGAGCAUCAGAGACCCAGUUGAUAUGGAACGGCCAAAAGAGAGGACGGCUGCUGUAUCAUCCUCUCCCAUAAGCCCUCCCAGAAACAUAUCAUCCACUGUUCAAUUGAAGUCAGAGUACAAGGCUUCGACUGUGGAUCUGGCUCCAGUUAGGAAAGCAUCUCCCAGCAGCCCACAGCAGACUGAGCAAGCAACAUGUUUGAGUAUUCCAUCUCAAAAUGUGGGGUCAUCCAAAUCUGAAACCCAAAAGACUUCAGCUCCUAAAUUGGCUGAAAAACCUGUUACACAGCCAGUUCCUGUAAUGUCAAGGCCAUCUAGUGCUCCUCUAAUCCCUGGUCCUCGGCCAGCUGCUCCAGUUGUUUCUAUCAUUCAAACAGCUCCACUACUUGCUCGUUCUGUGAGUGCAGCUGGUCGGUUGGGUCCUGAUCCCUCGCCCUCUACCCAAAGCUUUGUUCCCCAGUCUUACAGAAAUGCCAUAGUUGGUAAUCCUAUUGGUUCCUCUGGUUACACUCACCAUAACCCCCCAAGUUCAGGAGUGAACCAAUCACCAGCAUAUUCACAACAGUCUGCGUUGGUUUCCACGCCAGUGUUCUUAUCCCAGAAUUCGGAGAGGAUAGAGCCAAACACGGUCCAGUCAGGCUUUCCUUUUGGCAUGGUUAACCGAGAUGUCUUACAGAGUGGACCCCAGUGGGUGGACAGUCCUCAGAGGGAUACAAGUAGAAACUUGCAUUCUGAUCCUUCUUCCCUGCUUGAUGAUAUUCAAAAGCUAGACUUGUACAACUCUAUGCAUACUGUAUCCCAUGAGCACGUUUCUGCUGAUCUUCCAGCAUGUACAUCUGGGCGGCAGAUGCAGGGUGUGUUGGGAGAUGAAUUCCCCCACCUUGACAUCAUCAAUGACUUGCUUGAUGAUGAACAUGGUGUUGGCAGGGCAUCUAGGGCAAGCACUAGUGUCUUCCAGUCAUUCACCAAUGGGCCACAUCUGCUAAAUCGGCAGUAUUCAUUUCCUGGGGAAGUUGGCAUUUCAGGUGAGGUAGGACCUUCGUCUGCUUCGUGCAGGUUUGAAAGGACAAGAAGUUACCAUGAUGAUGCAUUUCAGAGGGCUUAUAGCUCUUCUGGGAACCUUUUUGAGUCAGUUAGGGAGUUUAUUCCUCAAACAGCUACUCUACCCUACGCUAAUGGGCAAAUAGAUGGGUUGAUACCAAGCCACUGGCAAAUGACUGGUUCUGAUAUGACCCUACUUGGCAUGAGGAAUGGUGAUGGUGAUGGUUAUCCAUAUUUUAGUCCAGAGUAUUCAAAUUUGGCUUGUGGUGUCAAUGGCUAUACUGUAUUCCGACCUUCAAAUGGACAUUGAAGCGAACAGAAAAAGUAGAGGGUCGUUUGCCAAUUGCCAUUGUAAUAAUAUUAAGCGAGGAAAUCGUUGGGUCUCAGAUUUGGAGUGAGGUUGUAAUCGUUUCAUAAGAAAACAUUUUGUAAAGAGUGUUUUUGCUUUCUACAAUUUAGUCUUUUCAGUCAUUUAGCAAUGAGGCUUUCUAAGUACCUUUUUUGAAGUGGGUGUUACUGGUUGGAAUAGUGGGAAAUUUGACCCACUUAAAAUUGCC